AUGUGCUUUCAGGAGCAGCUGGAGGAGUACACGAGCAGCCAUGACCUGGCUGAGGGCUGGGUCCUGGCGCAGAGGUUUGGAGAGGGAGGAGAUAAGUUGGUGCCGGUUGAGUCCAUGGAGAAGAUCCAGUGGCAGCACCAGACGCUCGGGGUUGAUCAUAAACCCGCAGUCAGCUGGGAACACGUGGUGGACCUGACGUACUCCAUGCACUUGGGAAAGAAGCACAGAUUCAUAGAGCAGGAUGAGGCUGCGGUGCAGAAGUUUCGGUCUGUGCCCCCGGGCUGGAGCUACGAGCGCGACAUGGAGCUGGGACGCUUCCUGUACGAUCACAGCGAGAGGAAGCUGCAGCACAGGGACUGCGUCAAGGAGCAUGUCAGCAGCAUCGAGGUCUCCUCGCAUGCGGAGAGCUGCGGUGCAGCCCAUCUGACCGACGAUCAGACAGACACCUUCUGGGAGAGCAACGGGCCCUCGGGGCAGCACUGGGUGCGGCUCAACAUGAAGAGAGGUGCCGUUGUCAAGAAGCUGUGGCUGAUGCUGGACAGGCAGACCAACUCCUACAUACCCAGGCGGGUGGCCGUGUAUGGCGGGGCACCAGACAGGCUUCAGCACUUGAAAACCGCCCUUGUUAAUGAGAACAGAUCCCGGCACGCCUGCAUCUUCCGUGACAUGAAGACUCACCUCCCAGUGCUGGAGAUCCGCAUCUUGGAGUGUCAGGACCAAGGGAUCAAUGUCCGCCUGCAAGGGAUUAAGAUCGAGUCCUUCUGGGAAUGGGACCUGACCCUCAAUGCUGACAUGUUCCAGCCAGCCCGACUGGUGCGCUACCCUCUCCUGGAAGGGGUGGACGCCGACGUGCUGUACCGGCGGGCCGUGCUUAUUCAGAGGUUCGUCCAGCUCCUGGACAGUGUCCUGUGUUACCUGAUCCCCGUCUCUGAGGACAGUAUCGGCACCUUCAAUGCAAUCAGAAGCAUGAAGCCCUUCCUGGUGCUGUCCAAGCAAAGCGCAGGCCUCAUCGCCCACUGUCUCCAGUCCUCAGAGAGCAACCCCCCUUCCAACAUGCCACAGCUGCACAUCAACCGGCGGCUGGCCUGGGAGCACCGCUCCAACCCUGCGCUGGACCCCAGCUGCAAGAACUCUGCUCCCCUCCAGCUGUACAAAAGCCUCAGAUCUUCCAAGAACAAUCAGCCCCUGGACUACAGGUGGCCCUUGAGCUACAGCCAGUGGUGGAAGUGUGAGUUCAUCACCGAGGGCAUCAUGGACAACGGUGGCGGUUUUCGGGACAGCCUGUCAGACAUAUCGGAGGAGCUGUGUCCCAGCUCAGGCGACGUCCCUGUGCCCCUGCCCUUCUUCGUGCGCACCUCCAACAAGGGUAACAGCAGCAGUGACGCCAGGGACAAGUAUGUCCCCAACCCCUCCUGCAAGGACUUCCCCAAGUAUGAGUGGAUUGGGCAGCUGAUAGGAGCAGCCCUGAGGAGCAAGGAGUUUCUGAUCCUGGCUCUGCCGGGGCUGGUGUGGAAGCAGUUGGCGGGGGAGGAGGUCAGCUGGAGCAAUGACUUGGUCACGGUGGACUCAGAGCUGGUGAAGCUGCUGGAGGUGCUAGAGGGGGUGGACAGGGAAGCCUUUGAGUUCAUGUUCGGCAGAGAGCUGACCUACACGAUUGCAGCCAUGCGUGCUGGGCUGCUCUGUGUGGUGCCCCAGCUUGUGCUGGACCUGCUCACCUGGCAGCAGCUGGAGAAGAAGGUCUGUGGAGACCCCGAGAUCACGGUGGCUGAACUGCAGAGGUUCAUGACAUUUGAUGGCUUUUCCUCCGGCGACACCCGUAUCCAGAUCUUCUUGGAGGCACUCAACAACUUCACCAGCGAGGAUCUCAGACGCUUCCUCAAGUUCGUCACUGGCCGGAGCCGCCUCCCAGUUGAGAUCAUUGUCUACCCGGAGAGGUCAAAUGUGAACACACUAGACCUGAUGCCAGAGGCCUCCACGUGCUCCUGCACCUUCUACUUACCCAACUAUUCCUCGGCCAAGGUCUGUGAGGAGCUGCUGCGAUACGCCGUGUACAACUGUGCGUCCAUUGACACCGACAAGGACACCUGGGAUGAAUGA